AUGAAGACUUGGAUAGAAGAAGCCAAAUUUCGACCUUAUCACGUUAAUUAUAUGAGUCGUGACUCUCAAAAUGAGUUCAUCGCAUUACUUGCUUUGGAAACAAAAAAACAAAUAAUUAAUGAAGUAAAUGCAGCAAAUAUGUAUUCAGUUAUGGCAGAUACUACCCCAGAUUUGUCUAAUCGUGACCAGAUGUCGGUUUGUGUCCGUUAUGUAGAUUCAUCAGGAAAAGCAUUAGAGCGAUUACUUGAAUUAUUGGAAGUAACUGAUAAAACUGGAAAAGGUACAGCUCAAAAUAUCUGUGAUGUGUUGACUAAAAACUGUCUUGAUUUAGAACGUAUUGCAUUUCAGUCAUAUGACUAUGCAAGCAGUAUGUCCGUCCGGAAAAUUUCAAGGAGCUCAAGCCAUGUUAUCUGA